AACAAAAUUCUUCACAUUAUUACAUUACACGUACAAGGAAGCUUCACAUUUUACGUCUCACAAUUUUCUUCUUCCACUACUAUGUGAACAUGAUCCUCCCUUUCCCGCCGCCCCUUCUCUUCAAUUCUUCUCCUUUUCUUCUUCUCUCUCCCAUUUUCCAACUCCUUCUUACUCUUCCAUGACUAAUUCACCACUUCCCGCCGCAAAAUCCUCCCCCCGCCGCCGCCGUCAUCCUCCGGUGGCUCUCUUCCUCCUCCUCCUCCGCCUCCUCUGUUCACUUUCCCUCUCCCAUGGUGAUGAACUUCAGCCACUUUUAGACCUCAAAUCUGCCUUCUCCUCUUCUUUGGUUUUCAGUUCUUGGAUUAAAGGGAAUGAUGUUUGCAGCAGCUUCCAUGGCAUUGUCUGUAAUUCCAAUGGCUUUGUGGUGGAAAUCAAUCUCUAUGCUCAGAACUUAUCUGGGAUUCUUCCUUUCGAUUCAAUUUGCUCUUUGCAAUCUCUUGAAAAGUUGUCUUUUGGGUUCAAUUCUUUGUAUGGGAAGCUUAGUGAUGGUUUGAGAAACUGUUCCAAUUUGAGGUAUUUGGAUUUGGGUCAGAAUUUUUUUUCUGGUGAAGUACCUGAUUUGUCUUCUUUAGUAGGAUUGAGAUUCUUGAGUUUGAAUAACAGUGGGUUUUCUGGGGAUUUUCCUUGGAAAUCUCUUCUUAAUCUUACUGAUUUGGAGUUCUUAAGCCUUGGAGACAAUUCAUUUAACCCAACAACUUCAUUCCCAUUAGAGAUUCUUGAGCUUAAGAAUCUUCAUUGGCUUUACCUCUCUAACUCCACCAUUCAUGGAGAAAUCCCAUCUAGGAUUGGGAACUUGUCUUUGCUUGAGAAUCUUGAGCUCUCACAAAAUAAACUCACAGGUGAAAUUCCUUCUGAGAUUGUGAACUUGAACAAGCUAUGGCAGCUGGAGUUACAUGAGAAUUCGUUGACCGGGAAGCUUCCGGUCGGGUUCAGUAACCUCACUGGAUUGAGGAAUUUCGAUGCCUCAUCUAAUAAUCUUGUAGGUGAUCUAAUGGAGUUGAGGUUCUUGACCAAUUUGGAGUCCUUGCAGCUCUUUGAAAAUCAAUUUUCCGGUACGAUUCCGGAGGAGUUUGGGGACUUUAAGGACCUUGUUGAACUCUCUCUUUACCAAAACAAGCUCACCGGCAACCUCCCUCAAAGAAUUGGAUCUUGGGCAGCCUUCAUUUUCAUUGACGUUUCAGAGAAUUUCUUGUCUGGACCUAUACCUCCAGACAUGUGCAAGCAUGGCAGAAUGACUGAUCUCCUAAUGCUGCAAAACAAUUUCAUUGGUCGAAUCCCAGAAAGCUACAUGAAUUGUACAUCUUUGAGUCGUUUUCGUGUAAACAAUAACUCUCUUUCGGGUGUCGUUCCUGCUGGGAUUUGGAGUCUGCCAAAUCUUACUAUCAUUGAUCUUUCAAUGAAUCAGUUUGAAGGUCCGAUAACUUCAGAUAUCGGUAAAGCAAAAGCUCUUGCUCAGUUAUUCUUAUCGAAUAACCGGUUUUCGGGAAACUUGCCGGCCGAGUUAGCUGAAGUAUCAUCCUUAGUCUCAAUCAAACUCGAUUCAAACCAAUUUGUUGGUCCAAUACCUGAAUCACUUGGCAAGUUGAAGAACUUAAGCAGUCUUUCUUUGAAUGACAACAAAUUUUCCGACAACAUACCUAGCUCAUUAGGCUCUUGCAUUUCUCUUUCUACCAUAGAUCUAUCUAUGAAUUCAUUUUCCGGGCAUAUUCCAGAGAAUCUUGGUUACUUGCCAAUUCUAAACUCCUUGAAUCUAUCUAACAAUAAACUUUCAGGUGAAAUUCCAACUAGUUUUUCGCAGUUGAAGCUAAGCAGUUUCGACCUGUCUAAUAACAAGUUAAUUGGCCAAGUCCCUGAUUCACUCGCAAUCCAAGCCUUUGAUGAAAGUUUCAUGGGAAAUCCUGGUUUGUGCAGUGAGUCUCUUGGAUACUUGAGUUCAUGUUCACCAACCUCUAGAUCGUCCAACCAUCUUAGCUCGUUGUUGUCAUGUACCAUUGCUGGAAUUCUAGUGUUGCUCGUGUCCUUCUCGUGCUUGUUGUUUGUUAAAUGGAAACGUAACAAGGAUGCUGAGCAUUUACUUAAAUCCAAAUCGUGGGAUAUGAAGCCGUUCCGCAUAGUGUGCUUCACGGAAAAGGAAAUCAUUAAUUCAAUCAAUUCUCAAAACUUGAUAGGGAAAGGAGGAUCUGGAAAUGUGUACAAAGCCGUACUAAGUAACGGCAAAGAACUCGCCGUGAAACAUAUAUGGCAGUCAAGCUCCAGGGACCAAGCAAAUUGUCGGGCGAGUGCAACCAUGUUAACUAAAAGAAAGACCAGGUCAUCCGAAUAUGAUGCAGAAGUAGCUACACUCAGUUCAGUGAGGCAUAACAAUGUGGUGAAACUAUACUGCAGCAUUUCAAGCGAGGAUAGUAACCUGUUGGUCUACGAGUACUUACCGAAUGGAAGUUUAUGGGAUCAGCUGCACACUAGCAAGAAGAUUGAGAUGGGAUGGCAGAUAAGAUAUGAGGUAGCGCUUGGAGCAGCAAGGGGACUCGAGUAUUUACAUCAUGGGUGUGACCGACCCGUGAUUCACCGAGAUGUGAAGUCGAGUAACAUUUUGUUGGAUAGUGAUUGGAAACCUAGGAUUGCAGAUUUUGGGCUAGCUAAGAUUCUGCAGGAUGGCCAUGGAGUUGGAGAUUCAUCUCAUAUCAUUGCUGGAACACUCGGUUAUCUAGCCCCUGAAUAUGCAUACACGUGCAAGAUAAACGAGAAGAGUGACGUUUACAGCUUUGGAGUUGUCCUAAUGGAACUAGUAACAGGAAAGCAGCCCAAUGAGCCAGAGUUUGGAGAGAACAAAGACAUUGUACAAUGGGCACACAGCAGAAUGAGAGACCUAAAAGGUAAUUUGAAAGAUAUGGUAGAUCCCAACAUCUCAGAGGCUCAGGUGGAGGAUGCAGUCAAAGUGCUAAGAAUCGCACUUCGCUGCACGGCUAAGAUUCCAUCUACAAGGCCCUCCAUGAGAAUGGUAGUUCACAUGCUUGAGGAGGCUGAACCUUAUAACUUUAUUGACAUUGUUGUCAAGAAAGAAUAUGAAAAGUAACCCAACAAUAUUUGGAUCAUUUCUAAUGCAGUAUCAAAGAGAUAGCAUAUUGAGUUUAUCAAAGAAAUAGCAUAUUGAGUUUAGUGUCAAGUCAUAAUAGGGUUUUCAAGUCUUUCUCAAGAAGUUUUGUCCGUGGGGAAAAAACCCCCCUCUACUUUUCCUGUUUUACUGCUUUUUUGCUUCAUUAGUAGGAAGCAUUUGUAUCAUAUGGAAGCCAAUAAAAUUCCAGUAGGAUAAUCAUUAAGUUUGUAGGAUGUAAUCAUUGCAACAAAAGUAUUUGUUUGGCAGUGAAGAACUAGAUUAGCCACCAUCAUUAUAAUCCACCUCUUUUUCUGCUAAA